AUGGCACCCAAGCAAAAGAUCAUCAUCGACACGGACCCAGGUGUCGAUGAUAUACUGGCUAUGCUUCUGGCUUUCAGCGCCACACCUGAGGAGAUUGAGGUUCUUCUGAUCUCUUUGACCUUUGGCAACAUCGAUGUCCAGAACUGUCUCCGAAAUGCGGUCUCGCUGUUCCACCACAUCGAGAAGGAGAUUGCAUGGAGAAGCAAGUCUGGAAAGAAUCUGGGCUUUGAAACUCUGAGAGCCUCGAAACCUCUUGUCGCUGUUGGUGCUGAGGAACCUCUGGCUGAACAGCUUAUGAUGGCUGACUUUUUCCACGGAACCGAUGGUCUUGGUGGCAUUCAUUCCAGCCACCCUCAUCUGACCCCUCAGGAGACUUGGAAGAAGCUCUUCGAUGCAGCUGGAGGAGCACCUCUUUCACCAGAGGCGACUAACACUUCUCAGCAAGUCCGUGAAGCUUCCAUGUUCCAACCUUCUCAGCGUCGGUCUCAUGAAGAGAUUCUGCGUCUGCUGAGGGAGAAUGAGCCAGACACCAUUACCAUUGUUGCGAUCGGACCUCUGACCAACUUGGCUAUCGCUGCAGCUCAAGAUCCUGAAACAUUCUUGCGAGUGAAAGAAGUCGUAGUCAUGGGAAACGCCAUCAACGAGCCAGGAAAUGUAACUCCGGUGGCCGAGUUCAACACGUAUGCCGACAGCAUUGCCACAGCCCGUGUGUAUGCACUUACUUCGCCCUCGCCAAACUCGACUGUGCCUCCUUCGCCGCCUACACUGCCUGGCUCCCAGUCACUGCCUCACUUGGCACCCUAUCCGGUAAAGCUCUCGAGACAGCUCAAGCUUACCGUAUUCCCUCUUGAUAUCACGACUCCACACAAGAUCACAAGAGGUCAGGUCAAACAGACCAUUCAGCCCUCGAUUGAGGCUGGGUCACCCUUGGCAGAGUGGACCGCAGCUUUCCUGAACUCGACAUUUGACAAGGUCGAAUCGUUGAUGGAGGGUGUCAGUGGUGAUUCUGUUGGUCUCGAACUGCACGACCCUCUGUGUAUCUGGUACGCGCUCACUCACGACGAUGCGGGAUGGAAAAUCAAGAAGGACGAGGAUAUCAGAAUUGAGACGACGGGUCAAUGGACACGUGGAAUGACGGUCGUCGAUAGACGUGGCAGAAAGAAGCGCGCUGCGGACGACGGCGAGGGCGAAAUUCCUGGCGAUGCUGGCAACUGGCUCAGCCCCAAUGCAGGCAACCGGGUAGGAAGAUGUGUCCAGUCGCCUGGCGUUGACCUCUUCGCGCCGUACCUGUUACGGAGAGUGUUUGACGCAUGA